AUGAGACUGGAUGAGAUCAUCAAACCAGAGAAUGCAGAAAAAGAAAAGACGUUUAUGCAGCAGUUUGGAAGUACUGAUGUCUCUGUAUAUGAGGCAUAUAUGAAAACAAAUCUUAUUGUGAAAUCUGGCACAGGACUGCUGCUAAAACAAACGGUAUUUAUGGGCAAAGAAAAAGGUGCCCUUUCCCCUGGGCAGCUACAGCUCCAUGUCCGUGCGCCUAUUUUGGCAAGCAGAGCGUGGGCUGAACUUCGUUCCCCAUGCACUCGCUGGGCGAAUUGUGCAGUAUCAGUCUUCACAGCCAGGCGGGGCCCUGACUGGCAUUUUACUCCCAGAAGGAAACCUGGCCCAGGGGACUCAGAUCUCACACUCCAGGUAAAAGCCUCUGAUGCAGAUGCAGGACUCUAUGGCUUUGUUGAGUAUUUUCUUUACGAUGGAUUCCACAGCUAUGAAGCACCACGAUCAUUCCGGAUUGACCCCCAUGAUGGGAGAAUCUGUGUUUCUCAAGAUAUCGACAGGGAAAGGGAUCCAGCCACCUAUGAUCUCCUGGUGAAAGCUAAGGAUGGGGAUGAGCAGAGAGGGACACUUUUAACCUUGUUGAAGGGUGGGCUAAGUGCCCAAGCUUUCGUUCGAGUGGAACUGGAGGACGUGAAUGAUAAUCAUCCUGUGUUUAACCCGUCAACCUAUGUGACAAGCAUCAGCGGCCAGACCCAGCCGGGCACUGAGAUCAUCAAUGUCCUUGCCACCGACAGGGAUUCUGGGAUGUAUGGAACAGUGACUUAUGAACUCAUUCCGGGAGACUUGUCGUCCCUUUUCACCAUUGACUCCACCACAGGAAUUAUUUACUUAACAUCAACACUUCGUCAUUUGGAAGCUACAACACUUUUGUUGAUGGUCUGUGCCCGAGAUGGUGGAGGGCUCACCGCUGUAAUUAAUGCCGAUGUCACUAUACACAUUCUCCAGACAGCUACGGCACCUGCUGAAUUUGAAAGGUUUAAGUACUCUUUCUCGGUUAAUGAAGAUGUGCCUGAAGGCAGUCCUGUUGGAACAGUGAAGGCAAGGGAGCCCUUGAAUUCCUCCGAACCAAUCUCGUACAGAAUUUCCUCUGGCGAUCUGGAUGGGAAGUUCUCCAUCCACCCGUGGCUGGGCACUAUUCGCACGCAGAAGCCCCUGGAUCACGAAACGCAGCCCGCGGUUGUGCUCACGGUCCAGGCACAGCUGGGCAGCUCCCCGGCCUGCAGCAGCACAGAAGUCCACAUAACCGUAAUGGAUGUCAAUGACAAUCCGCCAGCGUUUCCCACCGCUUCCGAUGAGGUUAGAAUAUCCCAGACCACCCGGCCUGGCACCGCCUUGUACCUUGCGCGUGCAGACGACAAGGACAGUGGUCUGAAUGGAGUCAUCCGAUACUCCAUAGCAGGCCGGGAUCCCAGCCGGAAUCCCAGCCUCUUCACCAUCGACGGGGAGCUGGGCGUGCUGUACCUCAGUGACAGUCUGGGCCUCGAUGUGUCGCAGCCGCACACGCUGACCCUCGUGGCCGAGGACCUCGGCGUUCCUCCUCGGGCAUCCCUGUUGGUGCUGACAGUCGUCAUCGAAAGACAAGAACAGAGCCCGGUUCUAGCUUUUGAGCACUUGGUCUACCGAGUGGACGUGAGUGAGGCGCUCCCGCCGCCGACGCCGGUACUGCAAGUCCAGGCCGUGCCCCGGGGCCCGCGGCGCACGUACUCGCUGGAAGCUGGUAUAGACUCCGCUGGGUUUGCGAUCUGCCCGCACACCGGGCGGAUUUAUUUGCGGCGGCAGCUCGACUAUGAAUCCACACAAACCUAUCAUUUUAGAGUGUUUGCUGGGAUUCCGGAGGACAAAUUGUUGCAAAAUGUGAGCACUUCAGUAAUUGUUCAUGUCCUGGAUGAGAAUGACAAUUCUCCCACCUUCCUGCACGACGUGUUGUUUUUGAAAGUAGAAGAGAGCCCCGUUCCCCGAGGAGUAAUAGGCAAAGUUACAGCGAUUGACACAGACUCUGGAAAGAAUGGACGGCUGUCAUAUUUCCUUCUGUCUGAUGGGAAGUUCUUCAAGAUAAAUCUUCAUACAGGAGGCACCAUUUAUGUUACAACCUGUGUAAACGGUUCCCCUGCCCUUUAUAGGAACAGAUUCAGUUCUGGUUAACUUCAGGCAUUUUACCUAAAGUCUUCAUUGUGUGGAUUAGGAAAAGGUGAAUUGAUAAGCUGGGUGGCACUGGAUCGUGAGCAUCGGGGGCACCAUCAGCUAACCGUGCUAGUGACGGACCAUGGCUCCCCACCGCAAAAUGCCUCCAUGGUGGUGUAUGUCUCAGUUACUGACAUCAAUGAUAACAGGCCAUUUUUCCCACAGUGUCUCCCUGGAAAGGAAUUACACAUCAAGGUCCUGGAAGGUCAGCCAGUAAAUACAUUGGUUACAACUGUGUUCGCAAAGGAUCUUGAUGAAGGAAACAAUGCAGAAGUUACAUAUUCAGUAUCUUCAGAAGAUUCUUCUGAUCACUUUAAGAUUGAUGCCAACAGUGGUGAAAUAAGAACAAGCACAAUACUUUCAUGUGAUUAUAGACCUUCCUACAGGAUGACUGUCAUUGCCAGUGACCAGGGAGUGCCUGCUCUUCAAGGAAAGGCAGUUAUUAAUAUUCAGGUGAUCCCACUAUCCAAAGGGAGAACUAUCAUUUCUCAGAAUAUUAGACAUUUAGUUAUACCAGAAAACUUAAAGCCUGCAAAAAUAAUGAGCUUGAUAAAGUCACCAGAUCACCUUCAGCAGCAUCAAACUACAAAGUUACAUUUUAGUAUUGUUGCAGAUGACAGGGAUAGUCACUUUGAAAUUGACAGCUCAACAGGAGACUUGUUCCUUUCUAAGGAACUUGAUUAUGAAAUGACAUCGCAUUAUCUUUUCAGGGUGAUUACUGAAGACCACAGCAAAAAUCCUCCUCUGAAUAGCACAGCCUUCCUCAGUAUUGAUGUGGAAGAUCAGAAUGACCAUUCCCCGUCUUUCCAGGAUGAGUUCAUUGUGUUAGGGGUAGAAGAGAAUGUUCCUGUAGGGACCCUGGUGUAUGUCUUCAAUGCCAAAGAUGGCGAUGGCAGUUUUUUGAACAGCAGAAUACAAUACUUCAUUGAAUCCCACCACCCUGUUAUGAAUCCAUUUCUCAUCCACCCCUCCCAUGGCACAUUAGUCACUGCAUCCCCCCUUGACAGAGAGAGCAUUCCAGCUGUCAUCCUGACAGUAACCGCCUCUGAUCAGGCUGUGAAUGUGACAGACCGGCAAUUGAGAUCGCUGACAGCAAAAGUAGUGAUUUUGGACGUAAAUGACCACAGCCCCAUGUUUAUGUCUCUCCCCAUUGCCCAUGUCAAAGAGGAUGCCGCUGUGGGCUCCUUGGUGCAUCAUGUAACUGCUCAAGAUCCCGAUGAAGGAAGGAAUGGAAAAGUGACGUACAGCAUCCUCUCGGGAAAUGAAAACGUGGCCUUUUUGCUAGAUGAGUUAUCAGGCUUACUAACAACAUCUUGUCCCUUGGAUUAUGAAAUAAAAACUCAACACGUUCUGACUCUUCUGGCUCUGGAUGACGGCAUGCCAGCACUUUCUUCAUCCCAGACUUUGACAAUUACUGUUCUUGAUGUAAAUGAUGAGGCACCAGUAUUUAAGCAGCACCUGUAUAAAGCUUCCGUUAAAGAAAACCAAAAUCCAGGAGAGUUUGUCACAAAGGUUGAAGCUGCAGACAGAGAUUCAGGAAUCAAUUCCAAGCUUCACUUUGAAAUCAUGCCAGGUGCUUCAUUUGGGUUGUUUGCGAUAAAUCCUGACACUGGAGAGGUAGUGACAACCACCACACUUGACAGAGAAGUUCAGGAAGUCUUCACCCUUCGAGUACUCGUACGAGACGGGGGUGUCCCUUCCCUGUCCAGCACCACAACAAUUCUCUGCACUGUUGAAGAUGAAAAUGAUCACGCACCAGAAUUUAUUGUCUCCAGUCAUGACAUUGAGGUUCUGGAAAACCAAGAACCAGAGAUUGUCUAUACUGUUUUGGCCUCUGAUAUGGAUGCUGGCAUGAACAGAGCUGUCAAAUAUCACAUAAUUCAUGGAAAUACUGAUGAGUACUUUGCUAUUAAUGAAACGUCAGGAGAACUCUCAACCAUCCGUGCUUUGGACCGGGAGCAAGUCAACAAUUUUACCCUUGUCAUACAGUGCUCCGACCUAGGGGAUCCACCUAGGAGCUCUGUAAUACAGUUGCAAGUUAGGGUUUUGGACGACAAUGACCACAGCCCUUCCUUUCCCACACUUUAUUACCAGUCCUCUGUGAGAGAAGAUGCUGAAGUGGGAACGGUGGUUCUUGUGCUCUCUGCUGUGGACAAGGAUGAAGGCCUGAAUGGGCGAACCGAGUAUUUUCUGGUGGAUGAGGCUUCCGGUGCGUUUACCAUUGAUCCUGUGGGAGGCAUUCUGAGAACGGGCCACACUCUUGACCGAGAAGCUAGAUCUCAGCAUACUUUUAGGGCUGUGGCCAGAGACUGCAGCACCCAAGGCUCAAGGAGUGCCACAGUAAUUAUAAAAGUGUAUGUCACUGAUGUCAAUGACAAUGAUCCAGUUUGGGAGCAGAACCCCUUUGAUGUUUUUCUUUCCCCCCACUCACCUACAAACCAGACAACUGCCAUUGUGAGAGCCGAUGACCCAGACUUGGGGCCCAAUGGAACUGUCGUCUUUAGUUUUGCAGACACCCAGUCAAUGUUUUCUAUUGAAAAACAUACAGGAGAAAUUCAACUUCAGCAAAAUCCAUCUUUGGAAUAUUUUCCUAUCUGGCUGCAGUUAAAAGUUGCCGACCAAGGGGUCCCAGCCAGGACAGCCACUGGUCUCUUGGUCAUUCACAUGGAAGGAGAAGAUGUAAAGAUUUCCUUCAGUCACCAUCUUUAUAAAGGGCUUGUGACUGAAAAUUGUGAGGCAGGUACUUCUGUUGUGACUGUAAAAGCUAUUGCUCCUGACUCAAUGCAGAACAGCAUUCAGUAUUCAAUUUUUAGUGGAAAUGAAGAUGGAGUUUUCUCCCUGUGCUCCAAAUCAGGACUACUCACUGUGAAAGAACCCAAGUUUCUUGAUUUUGAAGUUAGAAAUGAAAUACAACUCAUCGUUUUAGCUGAAAGUAGCGGGCAUAGAGCCUACAGCAAAGUAUCAGUGUUGAUACGGGAUGUGAAUGAUAAUUUACCAUGCUUUGAGCAAAGGGUUUACCAAGCAUCAGUGCCUGAAGGCCAGCUCUACAAUGCUCACGUCAUACAGGUGUUUGCUACCGACCUGGACAGUGGGCUAAACGGCCUCAUAGAGUAUUCUAUUCUCUCUGGCAACCAAGAAGAAACAUUCCAGAUGGACGCGCUGAGCGGUGUGAUCACGACAAGUGCCAUUCUGGAUUAUGAGCUGGCCAGCUCCUACAGCUUGAUUGUGCAAGCCACAGACAAAGGAACGCCCAGGCUUUCUGACACAACUAUGAUCGAGAUACAGGUCAUUGAUAUAAAUGACAAUGCCCCGGCUUUUCUCCCCUCUGAAGCAGUGGAAAUUGCAGAAAAUUCUUUGCCUGGUGUAAUUGUGACGCGCGUGUCAGUUCAUGAUGUGGAUUUGAAUUCAGCUUUCAUCUUCAGUUUCACCAAAGAGAGUAAUUCUGGAGCCAAGUUUGCUAUUGAUCAGAACACUGGAGUAAUAGUGUUGGUGAAAACACUAGAUUUUGAAGAAGCUACUGAAUAUGAGCUACUCAUCCAAAUUUCUGAUUCAGUGCACCGCACAGAGGGAGCACUCAGGGUCCGUGUGCUGGACGCCAACGAUAACCCGCCACUGUUUUCUCAAGAUUUCUAUCAGGUCACAGUUCCUGAAUCAGUACCUGUGGGGUAUUCAGUGUUGACUGUAUCAGCCACAGACAUAGAAAGCAACGAGAACAUUUCUUACAGAAUCCUUUCCUCUUCUAAGGAAUUCUCCAUCGAUCCUAUGAAUGGUACAAUAUUUACUAUCAAUCCUGUGUUACUUCUGGAUAAAAUAUCAACAAUUCGAUUUCUUGUGGAAGCCAGUGAUGGUGGAAUUCCUGACCUGAGAGCUGUAACAUUAGUGGAGAUAGAAAUACAAGAUGUGAACAAUCAUGCCCCUGAGUUCACAGUAGAACACUAUAAUCUUAGCUUGAGUGAAGAUGCUCAGAUCGGAAGCACGCUUGUCACAUUUUCAACCACUGACCAUGACUGGACCCAUGAAAACACCUAUGUUGAAUAUUCCAUCGUCGGUGGUAAUUCACAGAACAAUUUCCAUGUGGAAACUAGUUUCAUUCCUUCAGAAUAUCCUUACAAGCAAGUUGGUUAUCUUGUGUUGUUUCACAGUCUGGACAGAGAAGCCACUGCUAGAUAUCAGCUUGUCAUUCUAGCAUCUGACCAUGGCUGCCCUCCCUUGAGUUCCACAACCAUGGUAUCAAUAGAAGUAGUCGAUGUCAAUGACAAUCCCCCUGUAUUCAGCAGUCUGAAAUAUCAUGCCCAUGUCAAGGAAAGCACCCCUCCAGGGAGUCACAUCACUGUGGUCUCAGCAAAUGACUGUGACCUGGGGUCACAUGCAGAAAUCAUCUACCACAUAAUCUCUGGAAACGAGAAGGGACAUUUUCACUUAGAAGAAAAAACUGGAGUUCUUUAUUUGAUUAAACCUCUGGAUUAUGAAGAAAUGAUAAAAUUCACUUUAACUGUCCAAGCUUCAGAUGAAGAAAGGAAACAUUUUUCUUUUGCAGUUGUGUUUGUCAAUGUCCUGGACGACAAUGACCAUGCACCUCAGUUUAUGUUUUCCAGAUUCAACUGUGUCGUUCCUGAAAAUCUUCCUGUUUCCUCCACCAUAUGUUCUGUAAAUGCUUUGGAUUUUGAUGCAGGUCCUUAUGGAGAAUUGACCUAUUCUAUUUUAUCACCCUGUUUUAUCACUCAUGGAAUGCCUUUUGAUCAUGAUCUCUUCCUUAUUGACCCUUUAACAGGGGGUAUUCGUGCUAAGCAAAUACUUGACUAUGAAAAUGGCAAUAAAUACUGCUUCAUAGUUCAGGCCAAAGACAAAGGUGACUCAUCAGCCUCCUUGAUGGUUUGGGUGGAUAUUGAAGGGAUAGAUGAAUUUGAACCCAUUUUCACUCAAGAUCAAUAUUUUUUCAACCUUCCCAAAGGGAAUAAAGUAAGACAGUUGAUUGGCAGAGUGGAAGCCUCAGAUGCAGAUGCUGGUAUUGAUGGAGUCAUCCUUUACUCUCUCGGAACUUCAUCGCCUUUCUUUUCAGUAAAUAAAACUAAUGGAAAUAUUUAUUUGACUAGAGCCCUUCCCCUAGUAAAAAGUCAAGUCAGCAAAGAAGACACCAUUGAAAUGAAAAUAAUCGCUCGCAGCCCCAAACCAGACUCCAAGUUUUCCUCUUGCACUGUUUUUGUGAAUGUGUCUUUUUUCUCUGAAGGAAAACACUCAGCAGUAUCCACCAGCAGCUUUUCAAUCAGCCUCACGGUCUCCUUUUUAGUGUUUCUGUUACUCAUCUGCAUUUUUAUUGUACUGAUUUUAAGACAUAAACAAAAAGACACAGUAAACAAUUAUGAGGACAAGAAAACUCCAUCAUCUUUAGAUAUCACUUUGAGACUGACCAGGGAUGCCAGCAUGCUCAAGACCUUCCAGAAAAGUGAGGACUGUGGUAAUGAGGCUGUGCUCAAGGACUCCACGCCUGAAUGGCUGAGUUUAAUAAGUAUUAUGGAGAAGGACAUUGUCAAUCUGUAUAGGCACUCAAACUCCAGUGGCCACUGUUCUGUGGAUGGAGAAACUGCAGAAGAUAAGGAAAUCCAGAGGAUAAAUGAGCAUCCCUACAGGAAGGACUUGGACUCAGCUCUGAGUGAUCGGGAGUCCAGGGUGCCAGACUCUGGAAUCCCAAGGGACUCGGACCAGCUCUCUUGCUUGUCUGGGGAAACCGAUGUGAUGGUCACUGCCGAAACAGCAGAAGCUAGCCAUGCCUUAGAGGAAGGAGAUCAAGAAGAAGGCUGCAGCACAACCUAUAUUCAGAAUAAUGUGUUGCUCCAGACACUUCAGAAGAGAGGGGCAAAAGAGAGCAUCCUGGCUGGUGUCAGAACGGAGUCUGUCUGUAUUUCAGGUGAUCAGGAAGCAAGACAUGCAACCCUUUCAACUCAGACAACCUCUGAUUAUGAUGUAAGAGGCAGCUACAACUGGGAUAAUCUCCUCAGUUGGGAACCUAAGUUCCAACCUCUUGCCUCAGUAUUUAAUGAUAUUGCAAAACUAAAGGAUGAAUAUUUACAUAUGCCUGGCAUUCCAAAAGAGAAGAAAUCUUUUGUUUUUCCACCACCUUUGAUAACAGCAGUGGCCCAGCCUGGGAUUAAAGCAGUUCCACCAAGAAUGCCAGCCAUAACCCCAGGGCAGCUACAUCAGAAACACCCACGCUCCCCCAUUGUCUACCAUCUCGGUUCUCUGCCAGAAGCCAUGACUCCCAGUUUUUCUCCAUCUCUUUCCCUAUUGACCAUGCAGACUCCUGCCAUGUCUCCACUGUUGUCAGAUGGAGAAUUAUUAGGAACACAUGUAAGUGGUACGUGCCAUGAACUGAAAGCAGAAGAUGAAGUUCAAAUAUAAAACAAUGGUGAUGCCAAGCACCUGCUCACCCUUGGUCAACAAUGAGUGACCAGAACACUCUCAAGCAAGCUCGAGACUGGGUUCAUUCUUAUUUCAAAUCAAGUGACAUUAUUUAGUUGGGGUUUUUAAAACCACCUCAUUAAAGUUUCUACAAUUUC